GAGUCUUGAUACCGUGGCGAGGCAGCUAUUCGUGCUCCGUCCCCAUCAACACCCGGCUCGACGUCCUUGGUCGCUAAAACCAAGCACACAACCAAUCCUCGCUCAUCCAUGGCCCUCUCUCCCAAGUUGGAAUGGAAGGCCAUCCUGAACGACUCGCCGCCGCGCCGGCGGAGCAGUGUGGACGCCUCUUGCAGUCCCGUGAUGCGGUUCCGCGCCACGGCGCACGCGAUCGGCCCGCCCGGAUCAUCCAAGACAGAUUUCUCCUAUCAUGGAGGAACAACUCUCACGGCCGCAGGGCUGCAGAAGAAGCAGAUGGAAGCGUUUCGACUGGCUUCCGCAGCGUCCUCGCCCAACAGCACGGGCGGAGCGAAGCAGUGCCUCGUCGUGGACCUGAACGCACUAAACCCUGCGACACAUCAGCAUGAUGUCAUCCCACAGUCCUUGCCAGUGCGGCGGCUGUUGCCACAGGUACCAUUGUUUUGUCAUCUGUUAUUAGAAGUACCAGUCCGCACCACGACCUGCAGGAACAGGCACAAGUGCCAUAUGCUUGACUCGGUGAAGUAGAACUCACGCGUUUUCAUUUGUUCAAACUUUGGUUUCUUCACGAGCUAAACGCACUUCGACAGAAGUAAGCGCGAACUACAACCUCGACCUACCAGGCCGUGCAACGAUACCGGCUUCAAGGUGGCGGAAGCUCGGGCUCUUCCGCAACUCCGCUCCAAAUUUAUCUCCGCGCAGACGCAUCUCUAGAUGAGGCGCCUUGGCAACCGAAGAGCACAAAAGUGGCGCCGCCGCACAACUGGCAACGGGAAAUGUCGGUGGAGCAAGCGGGGUUGUUACACGACAUUCCAUCACAGUACUUGGAGGUACUUCCAGACGUGGUUAGUACCGGUAGUUCAAAAACGUCGGGGGCCGCAGCUGCAUCUCGGUCUUCCUCCUCCUCGCCAAGCAAGAAAGCGGGCAAUAAAAAACGGCUGGACGCCCUUCUGGUGAAAACGAGAACGGAAAACGUUUCGGAAGAUUUCAGUGGGAUACCGAAGGCCGGGCCGAAUGACUGGAACGCUUUGCACGACGAAGAGGGCCAGAACGUUGCCGAGUUCGUGGAGCGCGUGGUAUCACGACGGUCAAGACCGGUUGCGCGAUCGGGAAACAACAAGCCAGUACAACGGGCGAAGAUCUUCCUCCUCCCUUGCGGAACAGGGUCGAGUUUCACUGUCGCACCGCACAAAAACCAGGCAAUGAGCUCUGCAUCGGCACCUGCGUCAGCAGGAGCAAACUCCACUGUUAGUCGUGCCAGUAAGCAAUCAGGCUUCGCCGGGCCGUUCGGCGGCUUUGUGCAAAAAACCACCAGUGCUAGCGUCUCGCCAAGCAAAACCGCCGCGCGUUUUCGGAGCGCCAGUCGUUCUUCGACGAGUUCUCCGGAUGCGAAACUACGCAUGCGCGCAACGGCAGCUUCGAGCAGUGGUGCUGGUUCGCAAACGCAACAGCAUUCGGAGCAGGAAACUUCUUCCACGAGAUCCUCCAGCAUCCCGGCAUCUUCACAAGCACGGGGCCGGAACACGAACACGCGAAACAGAGCUGGGACUCUGCCGGGCGAGGAUAAUUUGGAAUACGAUGCGAAGGCCUUUUUAGAACAGCUUCGCCAGUACUGCGAAGCUUUUUUCACUAACGCAACAGUCUCUCUUCUCCCCUACCAACGGUUCACGGACGUGCAAACGCGCCUGACGGGAGGGAAUACGAUGAACAGUCCGACCGUGAAGCAGCUCCACGCGGGGGAAUUGCUGAAAAAGCACCUGAUACCGCUGAAAAAGCGCAAUGGGUUUUCAACAUCUACGGGCGACACUAAUGCGGACGACGACAGCUCUUGUGCGCCCUACGCGGUUAUGGCGAUCACCUACGAGGAUCUGUAUCCCUGUGAGGACUGGCCCUUCGUAUCUGGUCUCUCCGACACCUUGCAGCGCGUCGGGGUCUGUUCGAUUGCGAGGUACGUACUUUACCCGGACGACAUGCCCCUCCUCGGCGGGUAUUGCUAUUUGAAACUCCUUAUCCUGUGCAAAAGUAUCGUACUCGUACUAAUUGCAAACGUGCAUGACAAAUAUUUUUCCUAUGGCAAAACAGCAUUACUUUCCUUUUUGCCAAAAUUUGUCAUGCAAUUUAUACUUAGUACGAUACUUUUGCAAUGCAUACCCUUGAAACGCACGUUCCGCUUGAUCACGCACGAGCUGUGCCACUGCUUCCAGAUGAAGCACUGCGUCUACUUCAGCUGCCUGAUGAACGGGUCCAAAAAUUUUCAUGAGGCCGAGCAGAAGUUCUUCGAUUUGUGCCCGGUGUGCCUGACGAAGCUGUACUUCAUGCUGGAAAUGGACGUCCAGGAGCGGUACAGGAAGCUGCACCACUGCGUCGGGAGUUGCAAGCGGAAGGCAUGUUCGAGUUCUACGUUGGGUUCUUUUACUUGCAGCUCGUCUGCAGCGAUCAGUACUGGGGCGUAUGAAACAGCUUCAGCAGCUGCUAAUACAACAACUUCUGCUGCAGCGAAAAGAGCAACCGGUUGUUCUGCUGAUGUCGUCUUCGAGUGUGACGCACCGGCUGCUGCGCUUGGAAUCGUCGGCGAUGGCAGUGAUUAUGGCGGAACGUUGGGAAGAAGCGCACUGUGCCCGUCGGAGGUGAACGCGACUAAUCGUGUUCUUGCAUCGUGGACUGCAUGGUGGGAAAGGAGACUUGCAAUGUUUUGACGCAUCAGGUUCAGGCGCAAUGCAGUUUGUAAU